AUGGAAAAGGUGUCGGACAACAGGCAGUCUGUAACCAGUGUGACUAUGGACUGCAAAGGACAGAAGCUCAACCUGAAACGGGAAGUCGGGCUGGUUGGAGCAGUGUCCCUCAUCGCAGGGACCAUGAUUGGCUCUGGCAUCUUCAUGUCCCCCCAGUCGGUGCUCUUCAACAUCAGCAGUCCUGGAGCGAGUUUGGUGGUGUGGGCAUGCUGUGGUCUGCUGGCAGUACUGGCAUCUCUCUGCUAUGCCGAACUGGGCACUAUCGGGACACUCAUUCCAGAAUCUGGUGGGGAUUUUAUCUACAUACUACGGAUCUGUGGCCCAUUUCCUGCUUUCUUUACGGCAUAUAAUUAUGUUUUGCUCGCAAGGACAACAAGCAAUACAGCAGUAUCUAUCAGCAUUGCACAAUAUGCACUUGCACCCUUCUACGCUGACUGCCACCCUCCCCAGCUGAUGGUGAAGUGUGCUGCUGCUGCAGCUCUACUGGUUGCUAGCAUACUCAACAGCUUAAGUGUUCGCCUUGUCAUUAGAAUCCAAGUGGUGUUCCUGGUGGCCAAGGUGGGUUCGUUGUUAGUGAUUGUCAUUGGAGGGCUGGUGGCUGUCAUACAGGACAGCAGUGUCCUUGAGGGAAAUUUAAAAGUUGAAAAUGCAUUUGAAGGCACUCAGUACUCUGUGAGUGCUCUAGGGAUGGCUUUCUACCAUGGCCUCUGGUCUUUCGCCGGAUGGUACAAUUUGAACUACGUGAUCGAGGAGCUGAAAAAACCAGAGGUGAAUCUUCCCAGAGCUGUUUUGAUCACCAUGUCCAUGGUGACUGUGUUGUAUCUGCUGGUGAACGUGAGCUACUUUGUAGUACUGACACCAAGAGAGCUGAUUACCUCCAGUGCUGUAGCAGUAACCUGGGGGAAUAAGGUCCUGGGAGACUGGGGAUGGAUCAUGUCUGUGGCUGCAGCAUUAUCUGCUUUUGGUUCUCUGAAUGCGUCAUUUUUCAGUGGUGGCCGUGUGUGCUUUGUUGCUGCAAGGGAGGGACACAUGCCAGAUAUUCUGGCCAUGGCUCAUGUCCACAGAUUGACUCCAUCCCCAGCGCUGAUUUUCACCACCAUCAUCUCCCUUGUAGUACUGAUUCCUGGAGACUUUGAGUCCAUUGUCAACUUCAUCAGUUUCACUGCCUGGUUUUUCCGUGGAAUCACUCUUUCUGGACUACUCUACCUCAAGAUCAAGAAGCCAGAACUCCACAGGCCAUACAAGGUGCCCAUUGUAAUCCCCAUAUUGAUCCUUAUCGCAUCGGUCGGCCUUGUGCUGGCUCCCAUCGUGGACAGUCCCCAGAUAGAAUACCUCUAUGUGACUUUAUUCAUCUUCAGUGGAGUUUUAGUCUAUGUGCCCUUCAUCCAUUACAAGCUCUGCCCCGGCCUGUUGAAGAAGGUCACAAUAUUCCUGCAGCUUUUCUUGGAGGUUGCACCAGCAGAGAAAAACCUCUGA